AUGGAGAUUCCAGUGAUCAGCACACGUCAACUCAUCAAAGAAAUAAGACAUGAUUUACGAUGUAUUUUAUCAGAUUAUAAGAAGAUCAGAAGUGAUCAACAAAGUAAAAAGUUACAAAGUGAUUCGGAAUCAAGUCAAGAAGCAAUUCAAAAAAGGAAAGAUCUUUUACAUCAAUUAAGAAAGGAUUCAGACUGCAUGGAUCAAAAUUUGAAGUUCAUUGAAAAGGAAAAUCAAAAGAGAAGAAAAGAUCUAAUUCGUAAUGCUGGAGAUCAAAAUGCAAAAUUAAUUCCAGAUGAGAAUUUAAUGAAAAGAGAAUAUGUACGAUAUACUUUUGGAUAUGGUUUCGCCAUUCCUAGAGCAGAAUAUUUACAAACUGAAACUGAAGGAAAACAUUUAAAAACUACUGAUGCAGAAAUUGAUGUCAAUAUGAAACAUUUACAAAAGUUGGAGAUUAUUGAAGCAAAAACGGAUGAUUCACAAGAAGAAACUGAAAAUUCAGAAAUCACUGAAACAAAAACUGAGACUGAAGAAGAAGAUUCACAAGAAGACACUGAAGAAAAAGAUUCAGGAAUUACUGGAACAGUAAGUGAAAUUGAAUCAGAAGAUUCACAAGAUGAUACUGAAGAAAAAGAUUCAGGAAUUACUGAAACAAAAACUAAGACUGAAGGAGAAGAUUCACAAGAAAACACUGAAGGAGAAGAUUCACAAGAAAACACUGAAGAAAAAGAUUCAGGAGCCACUGGAACAGUAAGUGAAAUUGAAUCAGAUGAUUCAGAAGAUGAUUCCGACGAACAAGAUACAGAAAUUACUGAUGAUGAAACUGACUCAGAAGAUGCUCAAGAACUAAAAAGACGAAUCUUCGAAAUUCUUGAAAUAUUUGCCUUAGCUGAAAUGUCAAGACAAGUUUGA